UUGUUAUUUUUUUACAGCACAUUUUUGUAAAAGUGCAGUAGUAGAGAAAUAUCAAUAAAUAUCAAGUUAAUGAUAUCAUUAAUGUUGGUGGCAUUCCAUGUAGGAGUUCCCUGCUAAUAUGCUUACUUCUUCACUGGCAUAACUUACUGGGCUACUUGCAUGGAAUGGGGUCAUCGUGGAUAUUAUUAGUCACACCUUUGCUAUGACAAGUACAAAUGUCUGUCGUGAAAAAGGACUAUUAUGCAAGUGCAGGAAGGUUAAGACCAUCAACACACCACAACUAUUUCCACCCCAUUUUGUGCUCUAAUUAAUGGUCAAACUACAAAGACCCAAAUUUAGUUCAGUACUCACAUUAUCCACAAUUGAACCCCUUUUAAUCGAUACACAUUUUUAUUUUCAACAAGGAAGUACGUAAGGUCACACCAACAGCAGAAGUGACUACAUGAGCUAUAUGAAGCCGAAGCUUUCACAAAGCAGUAACCACAGAAAAUACAUGUUGUACAAUGUUAUCAGAUGAUGUUUGCUGUUUUAUUUAGCUUCACAUUGCAGAACGUGAUGUUACUUUCUCAAGGAGACGAGGUUUUUUCUCAACUCAACCACCAGAUGUCGACAGGAGGCUGGAAAUGCAAUGCAUCCACUGUAUGAAGUAGUUAAAAUAAAAACGACAAAUAUAAUUACAUAAAUCCAAAUAGAUGUUAUUUCAUUUCAUACCACGUUUCUUAAUUUAUUUUCUUAUUUUUUAUAGUUUAACUGGAUUACAAUUUUUUUGACGUCUAACGUUAUGUUGUUGAACUAAAAAAUGAGCGUGACAGGCUUUUAGUUUGGUUAUUGUUCGGUGACAAGAAACUACGAAAAAACUACUGCACAAACCAAACAUUGCGGUUGAUUUAUCUUCUUGGCCAACACACAUAAAACGUGUUUUUUUACAGAACAUCUAGCUAAGCAACGAUGGAUUUUAUUCUGAAGUUUUGCCCGGAUGUGGUGUGGAAGUUGAGUAUAGCAUAGCGGGCUAACAGAAGUGCCUACCUGCUCCUGAAGAAAACAACAAAGUCCCACGCCGGUGGGACACUUGUCAUCAUGGCAGUGUUGUGGUGUAAACUGUGACAACUAACGCCAAGAUGAUGAACGACAUCAUAGAGGAACCAGAGAAGGACACGCUGCUCGAAGCGCAGUCGGAACCACAAGUUUUGUCGGGCCCCAGUAAUGGCACAAGACCGAAGACCACUGAUGGAGGGAUCAGGCCGGUGGAGAAGAGAGGACCUUACAUCAUGUCCAGAGUUCCAGCAAUCCACCUCAAACUACAGAAACACAGGGAGAUGGCGAGGAAGGCGCUGAAGAAGAAAGCCCUCUCACCAGGACCUCCGGUGAUGCAUCAGCCCAGGCAAGGAGCGAAGAGGACUGUGAAGUAUAACAAGGGCUACGCUGCUCUGAGUCAGCACGCUGAAGACACUUUGGUUGCGAUGGACUCAGACAGCGAUGAAGAGAUCGAUUUUGAGCAGUAUUCCUCAGGAUACUCUUCAGCUGAGGUCCACCCUGAUUUAAGCAAGCAGCUUCUCCAGGACGGCUACCGCCUGGAUGAGAUCCCCGACGACGAGGACCUGGACCUGAUCCCGCCCAAAGCCAUGGGCUCCUCUGUGUGCUGCUGCCCCGAGGGCCCGUCCUGCACCACGCAGUGAUGCCCGGUGCCGCUACUCCAACCGCUACAAAGCUCCUGUCCCUGACUUUAGUCACCGGUGCCUGAGGCCCUCUUUCUAACCCAGCUCUGCCGCUGUGCUGCCUGAGGACUUCCAGCUCUGAAGCCAAACUCCCCGUUGAUGCAGGACCACGUGCACAGAGAUCGCUCAACCCACGCGAAAAAACCCCCCGCAGACGGACAUGAGAAACAAGCCUUAUUCACUGUGACCCCAAAGCUUGACCUCUUUUUAUUGAACUUCAUGAAAUGCUAACUAUGCCCGUGCUCCAAAGAGAGUGGUCGUGCACACCAUGGGAUAUGUCCUCGUUGACCCAAUGGUUACUGUCUUUUCCCGCUCAUUUUCCAGUUAUUAACUAACUAUAUGAAGCCUCACAUGAUCAUUUACAUUCCUUGACUAUUGUUGCAUUAACUGGAUGUUUAUUGUUUUUCUUUAAUGUCUCUGUCAUUACAAAUUCCGAUGACACCUCGUCUAACAAGCAGAAUAACUUCAUUCUAUGUUUUGUUUUUUUUUGUUUUUUUUUUUGUUUUUAUGAAGCAGAGCACUAAAUUGAAAUGGGUCGUCAGAUGAUUGAGUGAAACCA